GUGUCAGGCAGAGUAAUGAUUAUGAAGCUGGAAAUUGGAGGUGUGCUGAUGAAUGUUGUUAGUGUAUAUGCCCCUCAAGAUGGGUGUGUGAUGAUCUGAGAAAGAAAAUUUCUGGAGUGAGUUGGAUAAUGUGGUUUACAGUGUACCCAAGGGACAGAAAGUGGUGAUUACAGCAGAUUUCAAUGGACAUGUUUUUGAAUGGAACAGAGGAGAUAAGGAGAUGAUGGGUAGGUAUGGUGUCAAGGAGAGGAAUGAAAAAGGUCAGAGGAUAGUGGAUUUUGCGAAAAGGAUGGGCAUGGCUGUGGUGAAUACGUAUUUUAGGAAGAGAGAGGAACAAAGGGUGACAUUCACUUUGAAGACGACACCUGGAAGGGUGAUAAGCUAACUGAUCCUGAUGGAAAUCUGAAGGAGAAACUCUGUAAGAAACAUCAGAAAUGUCUGGAGUUAUUUUGCACCACAGAAGAGCUGUGCAUCUGCUUGAUGUGUGAGAAAGACCUGAGGGUGACACUGAGUAAAAUCAGGAGGAGACUUGAGAAGAGAAAGCAGAAACUGAAGCAGACAAGGACAGCGAUGGAGCAGAUGAAGACUUCUGUGGAAAUAGUGAUGGGGGAAAAUAAGAAGAGCUUCACUGAUUUGGUUCACUACAUUGAGGAAUCCUACAAGAAAUUGACCAAGAGAAUCAGAGAACAAGAAAAAAGAGAAAUGGAGAAGGCUGAAGCAGUCAUGGAGCAACUGAAGAAGGAGAUUGAGGAGCUGAAGAGAAAAGACGCUGAGCUGAAGGAGCUUUCAGAGACCAAGGAUCAUCUCCACUUCCUACAGACUUUCUCAUCUCGUUGUGUCCUUCCUUCUGAUGGAGACUCGCUCAGCUUCACUGUCACUCCUGACUUUUCUUCUGAGGACCUGCUAAAGAAGCUGUCACAUCUGAAAAAGAUUUUGGAGAAGAUCAGCCAGUGGGACAUCCUGCCUUUGACUCCACCAGGUCGUGAAGCUCCAGUCUUCACCCUACAGCCUCCUGAACCUCAGAGCAGAGAGGAGUUUUUACAAUACUUCUGUCCCAUCACACUGGACAUCAACACGGGGGAGUUUACAGCAGUCAAGUUGUGCAGCUGUGGAGUUAAUAGCAGCACCUCCCGCGGCCAGACCUCUUAUCGGGUCUUCUGCCUUUUGGAUUUCAUCUCACCCGCAUUUCCUGCACCAGCCUAA